AUGGAACGACAGAACAUCACACAGGUGUCAGAGUUUGUCCUCUUGGGGUUCUCACAGACCAAGGAGUUCCAGAAAUUCCUGUUUGUGGUAUUCCUAUUUGUCUAUGUCACCACCGUUGUGGGAACCCUCCUUAUCAUUGUCACAGUGACUUUUGACUCUCAGCUCCACACACCCAUGUAUUUUCUGCUCUGAAAUCAGUCUGUCAUAGACAUCUGCUCUUCUACAGUCACUUCCCCAGAGAUGCUGGUGGACUUCUUACAUGAGACCAAGAUCAUCUCCUACCAGGGCUGCAUGGCCCAGAUCUUCUUCUUCCACUUACUGGGGGGUGGGACUGUCUUCUUCCUCACAGUAUUGGCCUAUGACCGCUACAUAGCCAUCUCCCGGCCCCUCCACUAUGUCUCCAUCAUGAACACUCAAAUGUGUGUGGGGCUGGUGGUGACCACUUGGGUAGGGGGCUUUCUCCACUCCAUUGUCCAGCUGGUUCUGAUGCUCCCAUUGCCUUUUGGUGGCCCCAACAUCCUGGAUAACUUCUACUGUGAUGUUCCACAAGUGCUAAGACUUGCCUGCAAGGACACCUCCCUCCUGGAGUUCCGUAUGAUCUCCAACAGUGGGAUGUUGGUCCUCAUCUGGUUCCUCCUUCUGCUCUCUUACACUGUCAUCCUGAUGAUGCUGAGGUCCCACUCAGGGCAGGCGAGGAGGAAGGCAAUUUCCACCUGCACCACCCACAUCAUCGUCAUGUCUAUGGUCUUCAUUCCCUGUAUCUAUAUCUAUGCCUGGCCCUUCACCUCCUUCCCCAUGGACAAGGCUGUGCCCAUCAGCCAAACUGUCAUGAUCGCCAUGCUCAACCCCAUCAUCUAAACCCUGAGGAACCAGGAGAUGCAGGCAGCCAUGAAGAGAUUAGGCAAGCACCUAGUGAUUUUCAGCAGGAAGUGA